CAGUUAGGUACAAAAUGAAUAUUGUUUGUGUAAUAUGCAGUGAUUUGUUAGUACCUUCUGAUGAUGUUUUUCAUAUACCAUGUGGACAUAUUUUUCACUUUGCUUGUGUAACUCAAUGGCUAGAAGGAAAUUUUAAAUUUUCUUUAUGCACAUCAAAAACCUGUCCACAAUGUAGGAAAAAGACUACAUUGAAUAAAAUUCAUAGAAUAUAUUUUAAUUUUGCUAAUAAAUUAAAUUUCCAGCUUAUGAUGAAAGAGAAGGACAAUAAACAUUAUACAGAAAAAAUUAAUACAGUAGAGAAACAAAACAAUGAGUUGAAAAAGGAAGUAAGGAAAGUAGAAAGUGAAAUAAGUGAGAAAAAUAGUGCUAUUUGUGCUCUAAAAGAGCAAAUUAAAUACUUUCAAGAACAAAAUUUGGAG